AUGGAAAAAUCCGGAGCCCUGUCUGACGGCAAUGAUGCCAUUCCUCUGGUUAUACGGGAUGCAAUUCUCGCGACAACGGAACUGGGCCUGAGAUACCUCUGGGUGGAUUGCAUCUGUAUUCAACAAGACAAUGAAUCCGACGUAAGAUCCCAAAUCGGCAGUAUGGAUAUCAUCUAUAGCCACGCAGCAUUGACAAUUGUGGCUGCCGCCGGUGACAACGCCGAUGAUGGUCUGUCAGGCGUUAGAUCCAGACGCAGGAUGAUGCCGCAGUACACCGCAUGUAUACAGGGCUUGCAUCUGAUCGGCUCCCAAAACAAAGACCACUACAGUCAAAUCUCAGAUAGUACCUGGGCUACACGAGGCUGGACAUUCCAAGAGAAAGCCCUUUCUAAGCGGAUUUUGUACUUCACUGAAUCCCAAGCGGCUUAUAAGUGCCAGGUUACCACUUACUGCGAGGAUGCAAUCCUAGAGACUGAUUACAGACGGAUCCCUGUAGAAGUGCAUCAAGACCUUCAGCAUGAACCCCGGCUUACCAAGGGGUGUUUCGAGAAGUUUUUUCGCUACGCAAAAGAUUACACCGGCCGGGAGCUAACGUAUGAAAGCGACGUACUUGAUGCAUUCAAAGGAGCUAUGAAUCUUCUUGAGCCCCGCGUAGGAGAAUUCUUCUGGGGCCACCCAAUGGACGGUUUUGAUGACUCUCUCCUAUGGAGGCGGAGCGAAGGCCGGCGCUUAGAAACCGCACCAAGGAGCUUCCCAAGUUAG